AUGGCACGGGACCGCUACGUGCUUCUCCGGAGAAUGAUUCAUUGUUCAGAUCCUGACGAAGAGGAUUCUUUCACUAUUGGAAAGGGUAGACAUCAGAAGCCUGUAUGGUAUAAGAAGAUGCUUCCAUUUGCCGAUGAGAUACGAAGUAAUUGGAAGAAAUUACGCACCCCAAGUAGCCACUGUGCAAUUGAUGAAUGCAUGAUCAAGGAGACGGGGCGCACUCAUCAUUCUACCAUGGCUCCAGGCAAGCCAAUUAAGGAGGGAUACAAGGUUUUUGCAAUUGGUGAUGAGGGCUAUCUCUACAACUAUGCAUGGUAUUCGCCUGAAUAA